AUGACCGAGAAGACAGAGGAGAUGGCUGAUUCCUGCACGCCGCAUGGCGCACCUAGCGGCCCAGCCGGUCUAGAAGGACUAUCGGCCGAGCUUUUGUCUCUCAUUGUGGAGGACGAUUGCCUCAGCCCGGAAGAUCUGGCAGCCUUACGGCUGACUUGUUCCUCCCUGACUGAUUCUGCUUCGUCAGUGCUCUUUCGGCGCAUCUACAUCUCUCCCCUGGUGCAGGAUCGCACUUCGUUUAUUGACAUAUGUCUUUCGCCUCACCUCGCAAAGCACGUACGCGAGGUUGAAUGGUCUGAGCUUCCCUGGUACCCUAGUUGCUUCGAGAACAAUCUGCUCCAUCGGUACGGCUUGCGGGGUACAGAUAAUGCCUCGGAGACUGAAGAAGUCCUCGGGGAAUCUCAAGGCCUAGAUGGCGGGAAGGGAACAGAGGGCACAGUCACGAUCGACGACACAGUUGAAAUAUUAGACAGGUCAUGCGACCAGGCCUUCUGGCUUCCUUGUAUCCCAAGUGGUGUCCUGUCCGCUCUUUUCGAAACCGAGACUACUGCGGGGCCCGAUGAAGGCGUUCAGCGGCUGCGCACUGAGGCUGUGAGAAGCUUCAAAUGGGCGUUCAGCGAAGCGCUCGCUUUGUUGCCCAAUCUUCACACCAUGGCCUCGCGGCAAAUGUCCCCAGAUCGGAUCAUCAAGGGUUGCUACUACCCAAUGACAGCCGGUCAUAUCCAAGUCCGACUGCCUGGGCGCUGGGAAGCUCCUUGGAACUGGAGCAGUGACGGGCUGUACCUGUUCAUACUGCCAGCCAUGGCUACAAUGACCUUUCCAGUGCGACGACUGGUUUGGGACGACGGGCUGCGGGGCAACGGUGUCUUCGGUACCCCUGAGCCUGAAGCCUUUCGGUAUCUUGAUACCCUGAGCAUCUCUCUCGCCAAGUGGGCCCAGUUCUACCAAACAUCCCCGAUGAGAGAUACCGCCUUCAAUGGGGUAGAGGCGUGCCUACAGGCCAGCAGCAAUGUUCGACAUUUGACCUUGGGAAUAGAGGGCGAAACUAGUCGGUGGGCUCUGAUAGACAACUGCGAUAUUGAGGAAAGCCUCUUACGGUAUUCGCCUGACAUCGACCGAAGUCAAUGGACCAGGCUUCGUUCUCUCAACCUUAUCUCAAUGAACAUCGGAGACAAGAUGCUGAUAGCGGUUGUAAGAGAAAGCGCUGCGACACUAUGCCACCUCUCCUUGCAAGAAUGCAACAUGACACUCAGCAGAGUCAAGAAACUCUCUAAAAUCCCCGACCUCAGGCUCCAGUCAGUUCGGAUUCUUAGCGAGUACCCACGACACCAGUGCCACCUGAUUCCGGAAAGAAAGCUACUUGGCUACCUGAACGACCAAAUCAUCCCCGAAGGCGAAGAUGUCGACAUGUGCACUUUUCAGGACCAGAAAUUGGACAUGAUUUUUGAUGAUGACGACGAGUUUGAUCUCAAUUUGGGCAUCUACUAUAAAGACAAUCAAUCCCUCAUGUUUGAAGAUGAGUGCCCUGAGUUCUUAGCCACGAGACUCGUCAUGACAUCAACAGCAUUCAUGAUUGGCGGCAGUUCUCUUGACGACGAUGAGUUUGAUGAAUUCAAGAAGGUCGACAACAGAGGCCAAAGUGACGACGACGCUGUCUCUGUUACUGAGUCGGAAGAUAGUGUGGCGGAACGGCAACGUAGUGGGCCCAAAUGGUUUUGGGGCCGCUACUUUGAUGAACUUUCUCUUCGGGGAGAAAUAUAUUUUAUCCAGGUCGAAGACACGCAUCCUCAAGGAUGGCCCACCACAAUUUGGAAAUUCACUAGCCGGGAGGGUCUCGAGUACUUUGGCCAAGACCCAUUGGAGGGCUUUGAGGAAUGGGAUGCGGAGAAGGGCGAUCUGGAAGAACCAACCCCAUAUGGCAGAGAUAUGGAGCUGGCCCUUUCCCAACCAAGUGAAGGGCCUCCGGAGGGUGCGUGGCUUUAUGAUGCCUUUGAGGCCGUGAUGGCACAAGAUAACCCGAGUGAUUGGAACGGGAGAUGGUUAUGA